CCUACCUUAACACGACUGUAAGAGGAAGAGCAUAUUACUUAACGAUAGGAGUGUUAAAGUAACGCAACGUCAGUAGUCUCAUACAGGAACUAAAGAUGCAUGGGUUUGAUUAGAAAGUUCGGGUGGGUCAGAUCAGUACGUUAUUUCGAAUGCAAUCUAUCUCUGCAACUUCUUUUAGCAAAAAUACAGAAUUGUUUUGCUGAUACCCGCUCCCAUCGUCCUCCAUGUAAAAUGGACGGUUAUACUAUCACGAACCGCCCCAUUUACUGAUUCGACAAGCCGUUGACGUUAUCUUAAUGGUUGCUAUCACUCUUUGAAGAAACUUGACAGGUACGUAAAGUUGGUAUUGUUUUCGCUCUAGCUUGUGCAUGGUUAGAAAUGUAGAGGGUAGCCUAUUUGUUGUAUAGUUGUUUGUAACGGUGAAUUCUAAGUACGUCAUUAAUAUGGCGCCAAAAGAGUUUUAAGUAUGAGCUUAUUUUGUUGUAAGGUUGCAAGACUCCUUGUGUAUGCCUGUAACGUUAACGUUACUGUGCAAUCGCAUACGAAGGAGAGCACGAAUGAGGUAGCUAGAGGAAGAAACCACGAAGUCGAAAUGUUUUAAGCAGAACGUCUCGAAACUACGUUAGCCAGUUAGCCUCUGGUUUAUUCAGUUAUUGAAAAAUAUCGUCCUGGAUACACUUUCAAAUAAUCUGAGAGAGGCAGAGUCAUGUGAUUUGCAUUAACAUUACCUGAUGGAUACAAGACUAAACCUGAUACCAUCGAAAUGCGACAUGGUUUUGCAGUUUGAAUUAGUUAGCUUACCACGCUAGCCUGCUUAACACUAAUAUACAAGCUACAGAUACAAUCGAGGUUGCUGGUUCUUUCGAUUUAAUAACAUUAGCUUGCUAAUUUGGAUUACGCGUGAUACCCCGAGAAAGUCAGGCAACUGUAAUAUUAUUUAAACGAAGGCUGCGUAACCGUUCGUCGCAGUCUUCAGAGAAAAUUUGUUGAGUCGUGGAUAGAUCCUCCAGCUGAACAAGACUGGCGUAAGGACUUUAAUUUUCAUUCUUUGGAGAGCAUCUUGACUACGUGCUGUCACAGCAGCAGUUGGACUCUAACUAACGUUUGCACCAACGUAGAAAGUCAGUAUUGGCUAACCAGCUAGCUGUCUAGCAGCACUGGUAUUUCACUAGUGACUUAUCAUUGAAGCUACAUGUGUGUAGCUUCAAAUGGUAUCCUAAUAUCCCGACAUCGUCCAAGACGGAGGACGUUAUACUUUCUACAGUAAACUGGAACCAAGAUGGAGAGUGUGGGGAAGAAGAGGAGAAAGUAUUCCACUAGCAGCAAUGACUCGGACACCACUGACAGUCAUGUUACUUCCUGGUCAAAGUCUUCGAAGACGACUGGUACCAACAGCACAUGGGUUCGGCAAGAGCACAAGAAGCCCUCAGAGGUGUUCCGGACGGACUUCAUCACGGCCAUGAAGCUGCCGGACUCCGCUCAGCUGAGCACUGAGGAGUUUUACGUGCUGUCUGACCCCUGGAGGCAGGAGUGGGAAAAGGGGGUCCAGGUCCCUGCCAAUAUGGACACCAUCCCAGAGCCAGUGGUCAGAAUGCUUCCAGAGAGCAAUCGAAUCCCAUUCUACACAACGCCUCAUGCCAGGCUGUACACCGAGUCUGACUCACAACACCUUGGCGAGCCACCCACCCGAUACGACCUGGACGAUCUGGACGUCGCCUGGCUGGAGCUUGUCAACACAGAGUUUAGGGAGCUGGCACUGCCUGAGCUGGACGAGCUGAGCAUGGAGCGGGUGCUGGAGGAGCUGGAGAGCCAGUGUCAGGAGAAGAUGCAGCAGGCCAUCGAGACCGAGGAGGGCCUGGGCAUCGAGUACGACGAGGACGUGGUGUGCGACGUGUGCCGCUCGCCCGAGGGCGAAGACGGCAACGAGAUGGUCUUCUGCGACAAGUGCAACAUCUGUGUGCAUCAGGCCUGUUACGGGAUCCUAAAGGUGCCCCAGGGCAACUGGCUGUGCCGCACCUGUGCCUUGGGGGUGCAGCCCAAAUGCCUUCUGUGCCCAAAGCGGGGAGGAGCACUCAAGCCCACUCGCAGCGGAACCAAGUGGGUCCACGUCAGUUGUGCCUUAUGGAUCCCAGAGGUAAGCAUUGGCUGUCCUGAGAAAAUGGAGCCCAUCACUAAAGUGUCUCACAUUCCGGCCAGUCGGUGGGCUCUGUCCUGUAGUCUGUGUCGGGAGCACACAGGCACCUGCAUACAGUGCUCCAUGCCCUCGUGCAUCGUGGCGUUCCACGUGACGUGCGCCUUCGACCACGGCCUGGAGAUGCACACCAUCCUGGCAGAGAACGACGAAGUGCGCUUCAAGUCCUACUGCCUGGAGCACAGCUACAACACGGGCGCCACCUCGGCAGACCCCAGGUCCGAGCACCGGCCCGACAUGCCCACGCAGGACCGGCAGAAGGCCAGCCAGCGCAAGCAGAAGCUGCAGGAGCUGGAGGACGAGUUCUACCGGCUGGUGGAGCCGCGGGCCGUGGCCGACAAGCUGGGCCUGCCCGACGCGCACGUGGACUUCCUGUACCAGUUCUGGAAGCUGCGGCGGAAGGCGAACUUCAACCAGCCGCUGGUGGUGGCCAAGCGCGACGAGGUGGACAACCUGGCGCAGCAAGAGCAAGACGUGCUCUACCGCCGACUCAAGCUCUUCACACACCUGAGGCAGGACCUGGAGAGGGUGAGAAACCUGUGCUAUAUGGUGACGCGACGGGAGAAGAUGAAGCACUCGCUCUGUGACGUCCAGGAGAAGAUCUUCCACCUCCAGAUCCAGCUGCUGGAGAAAGACCUGGCAGGAGAUAAAACUCUGAAAGGCGAGAAGGGGAGAAAGCAGAACGGUGUGAAGGAGCGGGCCAAAGACCGGCGGCGCGAGGCCACCAAGGAGCGCUGGAAGGCGGACAACGGCUCUCUGCUCCGGCAGCUGGGUGUCCCUCUGGACGGCUCUUUGUUUGACAGCUGGCUGGCGCAGUCGGUGCAGAUCACGGCGGACGACAUGCUGAGCCGCUGGACACUGGAGGGCGAGCGGCGGGACCCCACGGCCAGCCUGCUGUCCCACCAGCUGCAGCAGGGCGAGCAGAACCUGCUCAACCUGAUGAUGGACCACUCCAUGCAGUCCGCCUGGAAGACCCCGCAGCUGGGACGCAAGGCCCGCACCAAGCCGCGCGCCAGGGCCCACAAGGACUCCACCUCCUCCUCAUCGUCAACCGCCACCUGUGGUGGGGCUCCCGUCGCUGCUGUGAAGGGCUUACGGGGUGUGUGCGAGGAAGCGGGUGGCUAUGGGUACGGGCAUGUAGGUCGGCUUCGGGCCUCCAGAGCCCUGUUGCAUCACCACCAUCACCACGCCGGCCACCACCACCACCACACCCGGCACAGUGCCGAGGCCCAGCCAGAGCCCCUGCAGCCGCCCAUCUCCAAAAUGGACUCCUGUCACAUCUCGGACGAGAGGGGCCCGUGGCACCCGCACCCCAAGCAGCCUGCCGCCACGGUUCCCGAGCCCGGAGGAGUGGCGUCGGCGACACCGGAGAUCCCCGAGUCAGCGGUGGGUGUCGCUCCCGCGGGCAGACCGGCUCUGCGGCCACGAGUCACGCGACAGGGCAAGUCCCGAUCGAAGGGCGGCGGGCAGGAGAGCACGGAACCAGACCGUGACGCAGAGCGCACUGAGGAGCCGUCGCCGGCACUUCCUGUCACCGAGACCCCGCUGAUGAUGCCGACUGGCACGAACGGUUACUUCUCGGACGCUGAGCGGAACGGCAGUGACCCGCGUCCGACCAGCCGUAAACUCCGCCUUGGCCAGUUGCAUGCUGGGAACGAGGAAGUGUUGAGACGGAGCGUGCUGGCCUCCUGAGGACGGGGCCGCAUGUCUCCUGUUGCCAUGGUUACAGGCCCCACCCCACACCCAGCUUUCAACACAGUGUACACAGUUUUGGAUUCCUCUGUUUGCUUACUGUCUAUAGAUCGCUUUAUACAACCAAAUCUGUAUAACCCUGUCAAACUGCUAUCUGCUACAGUAAGGAACUGUUGUCUUAAUCCUUAGAUGGGUUAGUCCUUUGGCUGCAUUAAGGCAACAUAAUCAUUUGUGCUUUUGAAACAUCAAACAAAAAAAAGAAAACAAAGAAAAAAAUAAUGCUGUAUGUUGAACAUUAGAAUGAGAAUGGACCUCAGCGUAGCUGUUGUGUUCUUCUUUCUUCGUCAUUGGAUGUUGAAGUGGACAUGGGAAACCAUGUGAUCAGGCACAGUGGCAGCUUAUAUAAGGGUCCGAAGCCCUGGGGGAAGGGGAGGAAUCAUUAUGGGCAUUAUUUAGCUGGUUCAGGUUUGAUUCUUCCUCUGCGAAACUGACGAGUUGAAUUUGACAAAGUCCAGUGGAUGUGUCUCAUUUUCAAAGCCUUGUUGUUGAACUUGUACAGAGAAUAUCAGAUUUCUAAGACUAUAUAAAAAAAAAAAAGCACAAUUAGUUCAACAGAGACUAUGGAACACUCGAAUCACCGACAGACACACACACACACACACACACACACA